GGCCAAGGCCCUAAGCUGUCAGGUGAGGCAGAGACUGGGGCAAGGCCGAGGUCUAGGCUGGAUUUGGGGUUUUAGGUGAGUGCUCUGAGGGCCAUGCAGCCCUCUUCCAGGCCUGGGCUGCUUCUGCCCAAAUACUGCAGUGUGGCCACAACCCUGGAAGCCCCUGACCUGGAUGGUGCUGCACCAUCUUCCGACCUGUCCUUCACCUGUCCCUUUGCCACGCAAGCACCCCGGCUGCCUACAUGCUGCACAUUCCCCAGGUGUAUCUCUUGUCACCCAUGUUUCCACACUGUCGAGAGGCCGUGGCAGGGGCUUAGCUGGCUGGGAAGAGUCGGAGAUGCCACUGGCCCCCAGGUCCUGGCCAGAAGGGAACCAGGUGGCUUUUAUUACCUGGCUCAGAUAAAGGCUGCUCCAGAGUUGGAGAGGCGGGGGGCCCUGGUUGUGGAAUUUGAGGCUCCCCUUGUCACAGGCCUAAAGCUGCCAACCCAGCAGCAGAGAGUGGUAUUUCCAGAAGAUGUCAUUCAGUUUUCACCAUCCGUGUCACACUCACUGCAACCAGGGGACAAGGUGCUGGCACUUUGGGAACCGGAGCAACAGCAGUAUGGCCCAGGCAUUGUUCUCUUGGGCUUGAAGAAACAAAAAGGCCAAAGAGCAUCUAAAGAAGAAAUCACUGUUCACUUCUGGAAUGGCAAGACAACUGAGGUACCUCUAGACAAGGUCAGGUGGGUGCCCCCCACUGUCUGGAAGAAGGCUGUGGAGAGACUACAAACAUGUCAGACCAGGGAUUGUCACAGUUCUUGUCUCUGGGCACCUCACUGCUCUCAGCUGGGACCCAACACAGGAUACAGCGCACACAGGCCUCCUUUGAACGUGUCCUCCUUAUGCCCUCUCUGUCUCUCCUGUGCCCACUGCCAGCUUCUGUAUAGGAGCAGCUGCCCUAUGGUGGGGCCUAGCUGGUGGCCUCUAACUAGCACCUCAGAGCUCACAACCAGAAAACUCCCAGAGCCAGAGCAGAAGCCCACGGCUUCUCUACAAGGUCCCAAAGAGGAGGCACUAGAAAUGUUCAAUUCUAAUAUGCCCUCCUCCGAGGAAGAGAAUUCAGAGAGUCACCUGGAGAUGCGACUGCCCCAGAGACAGAUGGUAAGCAGGGCAGUCAACACUGACCCCACCCUUUCUGAGAAGACUCUGCGGCAGUACAGCCCCUGCCAGCCUGGGUGGAGGUACUGGAGGAGGAACGGGCCUGAGCCUCCCCCCGGAAAGUCAGGAACAAGACAUUGCCACAACAAGAAAAAAGCCAAGGACAACCAACAGGACAGAUUGCAAACUUCAGUAGUGCGGACUACCCAGGAGCUAGCUCUGAAAGCCACCAACAUGAAACCGUGA